AUGGGACAAACACAGCCAUUUGCCGAUCCUGAAACAAACCCGCCCGAGCCUGAAAGCGCUUCAGUCAUUGAGACUCGUUAUGUGCGCAUGCUUCUCGAGCUUGACUAUAUUCCAUGGUUCUACAACACCUCGGCUAGCGCUGCGCACUGGGCACUGCUUGCUGGGUAUCUGGUUAUUCCAGGAACAUUUACUUCUCUUCAGAAGUCCGACUUUCUAACGGAAGGUCUGGAAACAAACCGUACCGGAAAAGCCAUCCUCAACUGCACCUUCUACUGGAUACUGGGGGCCAAGCAUGGGGAUGCGUUAUCUGUCCUGAAGCACUGCACUCAUUUCUUCCGCACUGGUGAUGAGUUGCCACCCAUUUUGAGUGAUGAGAUUGCGGGAAACCUCAGCUUGUUAGGGAGAGGAACGAUGAGUUUGGAGGACAAUUUUGAUGAGAGGGAGCUGAGGGGACAAGUGGUGGUUGAAAUGGGCAUGAUAUUAGGAAUAAGAUUGAGCAGCAUGACUCGCGGGUUUCGAGGAGCAGUUCUGGUGGAGAGCGCAUUCGCCGAGAUUCAUAAUGAAGAGACCCAGCAAGCAUCAUUUCAAAAAACUCUGCUGGGUUCGUAA